AUGUCUAACCAAGCCGACAAGUCCAUGGCCGAUCUCAAGGAGAUCACUGGUCAACUUCUCGCGAUCGUCCGCACUGCCCGGCAAAUUCCCCCUGGUCCCAGUCACUUCGCUCUGGUGACACAUGCAAGUGAAUUAGUGGCAAGGGCAGUCCAGGAUCAUGGCAAGUCCGCAUGCCUCCCCAGGCUUGUCUUGUCUUGCUCAAGAGAGUUGAUCCAGACCCGCAACUGUUCUCCACAAGAAGCCCCGAACUGGCGCAGCAUUGGCCAUGACGACCCUCGACUCAUGUGGCACAGCUGGCACAGCAAGGCCCUCACCUGGCAAGCCUUGGGCGACCACUUGUUCGAUCUUGCACACAAGGUCGAUGGUAGUGCCACCGACAAUGCUCCCGGUCCCUCGACGAGUGUGGAUGGUGAUGCUUUGGAGAAGGGGAAAGGGAAGGCGAGGGAAGUGGAGCUGGAGCCGGAGAAGGAGAAGGAGAUGGAGAAGCCAAAGGAAGAGCAGGAGAAGCCAUGCAGGAAGCGGCCUUUCUCCCAGAUGUCGAAGCCACUCCCGAAGUCAGCGAUGAAGACGCCAAAGAGGGGGAUGUCGGGGCAGGAGUGGAAAUCGAGAGAAUUGGUGGAUUCAUCGGAUGAGGAGGAGGAAGAGGAUGGGUUGUCAAAGCCCCGUUCUGACACAUCCUCUGUGAUUGUGACUCGGCGGGUUUCCACCGCCCAACCAUCAAGGCCGUCCGGGCCUCCCCGAUCCCCAGGCUCUCCGAAGAAGGGCCCCUUUGGCCCUGGAAUGACACCUCGGCUCAUGCGCCCUGAUGUCCCCGAGUCAUCUCAAGUGACUUCCGAGAGCCCGAGGGAUGUGCCCCCAGUUGUGGAUGCCAGGGCCAUUCUCAUGCCCAGACCAAACAACCCAUGCAGGUGUUGCACGCAGUAUGAGCUGCCAUGCACCACCAGGUUCGAUAAGCGAAAGGGCACGGCCCUUAUGUCGUGUGUCCUGUGCAUGACGAAGAAAGUGAAGUGCAUCUCAGCACGUCUCGGUACCCUUGCCGCCACCACGGUCCCAGGGCCGAAGCAAGCCCACAGGCUCGGUGACAAUGCUCAUCCCCCCUGCAGCCGUCAUUGCAUCAUCGAGUUUGGCUGCCCCCCAUGCAGCCCAGGACUUCCCGAUCCCGGACCUCCACUGGAUGUCGAUCGCGAGGAAGGCUCCACCACUGUUGCCCCGGUAACUGAGCCAACACACCCGCCCUCUCAGACUGAAGCAGCAUUGGACCCUGCUACUGCCAUUGAGUCGACAGUUCCCGUCGAUGCAGUUCACAGCCCGGCCGACGAUGGCGCCUCCACCUUCACAUCGGCUUUCACACUUCCAGCCCCCCCGGCAAUGAACCCCACCCCAUUGGAGACUCCUGAGGAUGGCCCGAGCACCAGUGAGAUUGUUGAGUGUGGGUUGCCCCUCAACCUUCUUCCGGAAUAUGAUUCCGGUGAUGAGCAGGAUGCUGUGAUGGAAAUAGUACUCAGCAAUCAGUACAGCAUACCCACCAUUGUGCAAACCUCUGAGCCCCGCGCAUGUAGCAAAGAGUCCCAAGGACCGAGUCCUGAGCAUAUCGGUGCUCAGCACUCGGUCUUUGCCUUUUGGCUUUCGAUCCUCGGCCCUCCGACCUUGAUACCUGAUGUUCGUCGAUCCUCGGUACUCAGUCCUCAACUCUCGGUCCUUGGUCCUUGGUACUUGAUACUCGGUGCCUGGGCUGCCAUCCCCAACCCUUGGUACUCAGUACUCAAUUCUCAGUACUCACCACCCAGGUCGCAGUUUGCCAUUCUCGAUCCUUGGUACUCGGUUCGGAGGUCUCUGUCCUCGACCCUUGUAUUCGGUUCAUGGUACUCCAUUGGCCAUACUCGGUACUCAGUUCUGAGGUCUCGGUACUCCAUCCUUUGGUACUUGAUCCUCAAUGCCCGGGUCGCCAUCCCCGAUCCUCAGUACUCAGUACUUGGUACUCGGUGCUCUGUUUGCCAUACUUGA